UAAUUAACCAGACGUAAAGAAUUGGCAAUAAAUUGAUUAACGACGCAAAAAGAUGUCCGCGCUGCGUUUCCUAGUUACGCGACAGGCGCUGGCAGCACUGACAAGGCGUCCGGCCAUAAAUUUGCUGCAGAAACACGCGCAAAUUGCAACUUUGACAAAUGUUGGUGCUGCAAAAACAAAUAUAAUUGCAACAACAACAAAUACAUUAGGGCUGCAGCAGACGCGAGGCCAUAAGAAUUUUGGACAUGGCGAGGAGAAGACACCCCGUGUAACCAAAUACUUUCACUUUAUGGUGUUGGGCAUCUUCAUCAUCAGCGUUCUGGACUGGGGCAAAGUAAAACGCUUGCUAAUUCCCAAAGUGGAUGCCGAUGCGGGUCAGCGUCCGUCCAAUGCGGCCGGCGUCAACGGGGAGGACUCCGAUAGUGACAGCGAUAAUGACGACGAUGAUUCCAAUGCGGAGCUCAAUGUACGCGACGGCAAAAAGCUCAGGGAAAAAGUGGGGUUCCGGGAGCGUAAGAUCAUUGAAUAUGAGAACCGCAUACGCCAGUUUUCAACGCCCGAUAAAGUAUUUCGCUAUUUCGCCACCAUACAAGUACCGGUGGCCGAUGAUCGACAUGAGGUCUACAUGACUCCCACUGAUUUCUUGACUAGCAUGACGCCCGGCAUGAAACAACCAGAUGGUCUGGGCUUGGACCAAUAUCGUCGCUACGAUCCUAAGUCGGUGGGCGAGCAGCUGAACUUGCAACUGCAGAAGAACAGCAUUUUCUACAAGCUUGGCUCCUAUGGACUCAUCACCUUCUCUGACUACAUCUUUCUGCUGACCGUUUUGUCAAUUUCGCGUCGGCACUUCGAGAUCGCCUUCCGCAUGUUCGACCUGAACGGUGAUGGCGACGUCGAUUGCGAGGAAUUUGAAAUGGUAGCAACACUGGUGCGCCAGCAGACGAGCAUGGGAACACGCCAUCGGGAUCACGCCAAUACUGGCAAUACGUUUAAGGGCGUGAACUCGGCAUUGAUCACAUAUUUCUUUGGACCCAAUAUGGAUGAGAAACUGACAAUUGAAAAGUUCCUAGACUUCCAGGAGCAACUGCAAAAGGAGAUUCUGUCUCUAGAGUUCGAGCGCAAGGAACCCAAUGAGGAUGGCAAUAUAACUGAGGCCGAUUUCGCCGAACUGCUGCUGGCCUAUGCCGGCUAUCCCCUCAAGAAGAAGCAAAAGAAGUUGAAGCGCGUGAAGCGCCGUUUCCGCGAUCAUGGCAUCGGCAUUUCCAAACAGGACUAUCUGGACUUCUUCCACUUUCUGAACAACAUAAACGAUGUGGACACCGCUCUGACUUUCUACCACAUUGCCGGCGCGUCCAUCGAUCAGCAGACGUUGCAGCAUGUCGCCAAGACAGUGGCGAUGGUAAACCUCUCGGACCAUGUGGUAGAUGUGGUCUUCACCAUAUUCGAUGAGAACAACGACAAUCAGUUGAGCAACAAGGAAUUUAUAUCGGUUAUGAAGAAUCGUGUGCAGCGCGGCCUGGAAAAGCCCAAGGAUACUGGAUUCCUGAAAAUGAUGCGUUCGGUAUUCAAAUGUGCCAAAGAAACAAAGCCCGUCCUGUUGGAUCUGUAAGCAGAUUUGUGGAAUUCAAAUAUGAUGAAGGGAAGGCUCCUAGCCAUUUCGCCUAUGCUUGCUCCUAUAUUUAUUGUUUAGUUAAUUUUUACUUCGAACGCUUAGCUAAUUUAUUUGUAAACCUAAAAGUCUGUACGUUUUUAUAAUAAUGAUGCUCUUGUAUAUUUCAAUCACAAACUUGUGCUGUUCAAAUGUUCUUUAAAAUAUAUUUAUAAAAUGAUAAACAA